GCACUCUCUCUCCCGCCACAAGUGAGUGGAAGCUGCUGCUGCUCUAAUCCAGCAGCAGCGGCGGCGGCGAUGAGGACACACAGAUCUCUGCCUCAGUGCUGAGGUUCGAAACCUCCGCAGCAGCAGCAGCAGCAUCAGAGCGCAACAGAAGAAAAGAUCUUCAAAAUCAGUGACGAGCACCAGACCAGGAUCACCUGAGGAAACACUGCUGUUUCCAGUUCAGUUUUACAUCGCGAGCCUCAAACAGCUGCAAUAACCGAGGAUGUGCUUCACUUCUGCCGACGCCGUCUUCUCAUAAUGGUGAUUGCGAUCUACAACAUCUCCUCCACCUCAGCCAGGGUGAGCUGGCCGUCCUCCCCCACCUGCCUGGACACCUUCUACAGCGUCAUGUACGACCCCAACUGGAACAGCCUGCUCAUGGGCUACAAGCGCAAAAACUUCAUGUAUGAGGAGCGCAUCCCUGUCAGUCAGACCAGCACACACCUGGCCAAUCUCCUCCCCCAGACCGCCUAUUUCUUGUGUGUGACGUGUCAGGCGGCCAAUCCGGUGCGGGAACAGUGCCAAGUGUUCAGCACUCUGAGCGACAGCAGCGAAGGUCACGACAGGGCCGGCUGGGAGCUGGCCAUGGCCGUCUGGCUCAUCUGCUGCAUCUUACUCCUGAUCAUCGCCGGCAUCCUGUUGUGGGGGUGUCUUAACACCAUCUGCAACCCGCCCGGCGGGGCUGCGGCCGGCCACCCGGUGGUGACCAACUCAGCCUGCCAAGACAUGUCCGCAUCUGGAGCCCUCUACACUCCGAGAAGCAGCAGCCAGGACAGCAUCAAACUCUCCAAUGUCAUGCACCCGCCCCUCCUCUCAGCGCAGCCCACAGGUCGCAUAAUUACCCAGGACCACGAGCUGAGAACACUCGCUAAGCUGUCCGGCAGCGAGCCAACGUGAAUCAACUGGAUUAAGGUCACCACAGCAUUGUUCUGCCCACAUUCAACUGUCACUGAGUAUUUUCCUUUGUUUUUUCCCUCAGAGGAAACAUCUCAAAACACACAAAAUUACUGCUCCGCUUCAGUGUGUGUGUUUCUGUGUGCAUGUGUGUGUGUGCGUGUAAAUGCCAUGUGUCUAAUUAAAGCUCCGCUAUCCCCCAAACAUAAAAGAAAAAAUCUUUUCAUGCUUCUAAGACUCAGAAGUGUCUCUGUAGGUCUUUUAUAUUUAUUUCAGUGCUGUUCCAUAAUUUAACCCCCCCAAAAUAUCUUCUUUUAUUCAGUUUUUAGCUUUUCCUGCAGUGACAUUACAAAAACCUCUUGAGCCAUAUUUGUUCUCCUGGAGUGAAAAAAAAAAUUGGACAGUCUGGGAGUAACUUUGAUUUAUCAAAAUUUCAUUUGCAUUAUUUUAGUAUUUAGAGACACCCCCACCCCCACCCACUCUUCACGGUGGAGUGAAGCUCUUCAGAUUUUGGAGCGUGUCUGCAAGUUCAAUAAAACUUUUUUUUUUUUUUUUUUAAAUAAACGCAAAAAGACUUCAUUAGCCAAUGAGAGCGCAGCCUGCCUCAGUUUCACAGUCAGAGCCGCACUUCUCUCAUCACAUCUGACUUCACACAGUGACGGCAGAAACGUUCAGCACGACGCUUCAUAACGGGACUUCUGACCAAUGAGGACGCCACGGUGGCUGUGUCCAUCUUUUACAUACAGUCUGUGGUCUCAUCUUCAGACUUUAUCAUUUCAAACACGACACAGACAUCAACAUCAUAAACAUGAGGUCCAACACCACCACACAUACACCACUCAGCAUGUCGGCUCACAUAACAAAACCCAACAGAAAAAUGUGCUGACCUUUGACCCGUACAGGUACUGAGGCUGAGCGUUGGGUGGCUUAUCCCUCUGGAACUCCUGAGAGAAGGGCAGGAUGGUGCGCACAAACCUGGAAGCACAGUUGGAGAUUAUUCCCACAUCUUCACUAAAUCAACAACACCAGGACACAAAAUAAGGAACAGCAGGAGCUGAAAACACCCACACCCUUACUCCCUUUACCCAGAAAACCUUUGAGCAGCACUGUGCUGUACCAUUUCACAUACAAGUGUAAAAAUAAUAUGAGAAUAAAGCAGACUC